UUAUGAUACAAAAUAUGCAAAAUUUUAUUACUACAUGCAAUAACAAUUUAACAAGUAUUUAAUGUAAUUUUCAACACCACGUUUACGCUUUAUAAAUAAGUUUAAGUAGAAUAUCAACAUCACAUUGUCUAUGCAUUAAAGACAAUAGAAUUUACACAAUAAAGGGCCAUAUAGAGAAAAUGAAUAGCAGGCUUGAAGAACAGAAGUCAAAAUGGAUCUGUGAAUAUUGUACAUAUGAGAAUUGGCCUUCAUCUUUGAAAUGCACAAUGUGCAGAGGUGCCAAGCCUUUAUUAGGGGAGGACAUUUACCGCCUACGAGAUCCAAGUCCACAAAGAUCUGGAUCAAAUGUUGCAUCUGGUCCAGUAACUCAUUUAAGUCCAACGGAUUCUUAUAAUCUUAGUUCUCAAAACUAUAGUCAAAAUGUACCCUUGGGAAACUGGUCUUGUACAAUGUGUACCUAUCUUAACUAUCAAAAUACCACACAAUGUGUUCAGUGUGGAAACAAAAAACCAACAGGUCUCAAUCAGUCGAUACACUCCAUAGCCUCAAAUUUGCAUGAACACCUAGCACCUCUUAGGCUAGGAGAUCCACCACCGAAUUCAGGAUCAAAUCCUCCUCCAAUAAACUUACACCCAGAAAAAUAUUAUAAUUUACAAACUAAUUUACAUCCUGAGAAGUGGUCUUGUCUUGUGUGUACUUAUGAAAAUUGGCCAAAAGCCACAAAGUGUGUGAUGUGUGGUAAUCCUAAAGAAAAAGAUAGAAGAGAUAAAACAGCCAAUAAUGUGGGUCUUAUUUUACCAAGCCCAGAAAGAGAUCAUAAUCAACGUGGUUUACCUUCCCCACCACAUGCACCAUAUAUUCAUCAGACUCAGAGGGACGAAAAUGUGGCUGUAGGACGAAGGAAUGCACAUAGAUAUCCUGAUAGCAGAAAUGACAGUUUAUCAACUCCUCAAUCCCCUAAUAAUUGUGACUAUGAACGUAGACUAAAACAAUUAAGGCGUCAUACUGAUUGGUGCUGGUUAAAUGCGUGUCUUGGCAUUGUGGAAGGAGACAAUGCUCCUGUCGAAGCUUAUUUGGCAAGUGGUGGUGAUCCUGCGCGUCAAUUGACACAUUCAGAAGUUCUGCUUCUAAAUAGAAGUAGUGCUUUUGAUGUUGGAUAUACCUUAGUACAUUUAGCUAUUAGAUUUCAAAGGGAGGAUAUACUAGCAACAUUAUUAUCACAAAUUGAAGGUUCUGGUUCUGGAAUAAAAAGAGUUCCAAGUUAUGUUGCACCAGAUUUGGCUGCUCAAAUACGCAGACAUGUCACUAAUAGUAUCCGGUUACGCAAGGGUUCUUUCCCAUGUUAUUUUGUCACUGAUAUAGCUACAUUUGCUUUGCCUGCUGAGGUUGAAGAUUUACCAAGUAUAGUGCAAGAGCAAAUGUUGGAAGAAUUAUUAGAUAAAGAAGCUCAACAGCAAUUAGAAGGUGGUGGUGGAGAACCACCAGCACUAAAUUGGUCUUUAGAAAUUACCGAACGUUUAGGAAGCCGUUUACAUGCACUUUGGAAUAGAUCUGCUGGAGAUUGUUUAUUAGAUUCUGCAAUGCAAGCAACUUGGGGUGUUUUUGAUCGAGAUAAUGCUUUAAGAAGAGCUCUUGCUGAUUCUUUACAACAAGCUGGUCAAUUUUUUUAUCCUCGAUGGAGAGAAUAUGAAGCAUCACAAGCAUCUAGGAUGUUGGAUUUUACUUUAGAAGAAACUCAAUGGCAAGAAGAUUGGGAAAGCUUAUUAGCAACAGCUGCUCAACCAGGAAGUGCUUUAGAGCAGUUACAUAUAUUUGCCCUUGCCCACAUUUUGAGACGACCUAUUAUUGUUUAUGGGGUUAAAUAUGUUAAAAGUUUUAGGGGUGAAGAUAUAGGUUAUGCAAGAUUUGAAGGUGUUUAUCUUCCACUCUUAUGGGAACCAUCAUUUUGUAUUCGCUCGCCUAUUGCUUUGGGUUAUACUCGUGGUCAUUUUACGGCCUUAGUUCCCAUUGAGCCAUACGCAUCGUCUAGAAUACCACCUCUUUCAUCUCACGGUGGUGGUAAUGGUCCACUUCAGCAGUUACAAAUACAAAUGCAGACUACGUUUAUGCCACUAAUGGACCGAGAACACAAACUUUUACCAAUACAUUUUCUUAGUUCUGAAGAAGUAGGCCGAGAAGAGUCUAUUUUGAAGGAAUGGCUUGAUGUAUGUAGAACCGAAGGUGGCAUUCUUGUUGCGCAACAAAAAUUACACAAAAGACCUCUAUUAGUAGCACAAAUGCUCGAAGAAUGGCUAAAUCAUUACCGAAGGCUCGCUCAAACAAAUAAUGCACCUUUUUUGAGACCAGCCGUUUUACAAGAUUACAGUAGCGAUGGUGAUACGGAAGAUGAAUAACGAGAUGCAUUCGAUUAAGUUAUUACAUUCAGCCGAGAAGACUUUUCUCCAUAAUUUCCAUAAAACCAAUUGUAACGCAAGAUCUCAGAGAUCAGCAGUUUUCUGAAUAUAGCAGAAAAAAAUGUAUGAAUGUUUUGACAUACAGAUUCAUUGGCAAUGUAUCAUUUCAGCAUGACUUUUGUAUAUUAACAUUGGUUAUUGAACCACUGAACGCUUAAAGUUCUUAUCGAUUCGUACUAUUUAAUUAU